CUGGUGCUGGUGGUGGAGGGGGUGGGGGAGGCUGGCUGUGCCGGUAGGGAAGGCCGACGAUGAGCGUCUCCGGCGCCGCGCGUUAAGGCGCAUUGACAGCCGCGCGCCGUGUGACGCGCGCUAAAAGAAGAAGAAAAAAAAACGUGUAUCACUGCGAGCGCUCGGAGGAAACGUUUUAUUUUCGUGCAAGGGUGAAAAAAUGUUGCACAAACUUGUACGUGACGGCUUCUUAUCAGCUCCGCCGGCUGUAGGCGCUGUGAUCGCUGCAGUUUCCCGUCGCAGCCAACAGGUUGCACUAAUGCUGUAAUGAUGCGCUGAGCCGCCGCUCCGGAGGAAAAGUACAGCAGGCUGUGGCAAGUCAGGAAAAUCCCAAAGUUCUCCAACUUUAGCGCACAUUAUCCUCCAGGACUGAAUCAGUCAACAGACUCGAGUGGAGAAGAUGGUGUCCUAGUGGAGCCGAGUGUCGCCCACCGCACAGGACUGUGGGCGUGGGGCGGGGGGUUAGGCGGGGGGUGUUGAAACCCGAAACGGAAAUCUUUCAAACUCUCAAUCAGGACAGUGCGAUAAAAAUAAAAAUCAUCCCUCAGUCUCGUCCAGAAAGUCCGCUAAAGAACCUCCAGGACCGCCGGAAGAGCUCGGACCUCACGUUCAGCCCCACAGUGCUGCAAAGGAAGUGCUGCAGGCGGAACCGCUGCACAUAUAGCGCCGUAUAUCCUCUCCUGUAUGCGCUAUAUGGAGCUGGAUGUCAUGUAGGGCGCAUGUGACGCGCGCUGCCUCAGGACAACAACAACAACAACAACAACAACAACAACAACAGAUGAGCCGGAGCUGAUCCGAGACCCGCAUGCGAUAGAGAGAACUCAGCAAAUGAUCCAAUGCGUUAUUUCAAGGAUAAAGAAAUGGAUCAGGCCGGACUGAAGCGGAACGGUAAUCGAGACGACAGUCUGACAUUUGGGGAGGCAGUAGCCGGAGUGGGCAGAGAUACAGGUGACACAGCUGGUUCGCUGCUCCAGUCUGUGAUGCACCUGCCGGGCCCCGGGUCUCUGCCCCUGCCCACAGCGUCCCCAAACGGACAGGGUGGAACCAAAGACCAGGGGGAGCUUGGAGGCCUCUUUGAACACCCUCAGCAUCAGAUCCUGCCAGACAUGAAGGAGGGUAAAAUCAUCAUGAUGCAGAAACAACAACACCAGGAUAUAGAUUUAUUCAACAUGGAGGACAACCUGCUGUUGAAGCAGAGUAUUUCCGAUCUCACCCGGACGUCCACCUCUGUCAUCAGCACCUCCGACACCUCCGUCCUGGUCAACCUUCCUCUGCCCGAUCUUUUUCCCCAGCACAUCAAGCAGGAGGCGAGUUUUCCUCUGGAUAAAGACAUGGAGACUUACAGCGGACACACAGGCGCUGGUCCAAAUGAUUUGGAUGGCAACAGCAGUCGCCUGAUCGAGGAUACAGAGAUUUGGCAAGACCUUGACCUUCCGAGCUCUCUGCCAGAAAUCAGUGAUUUCGAGGUGGUUUCAGAGGUGGAACACUUGGGUAACAUCCUCCGACAGCAGCGGUGCUGGUGGUCCUGUCAGCAGCUUGCUAAGAAACAAAACCUCUCGUGGAACGAUAUAAACUGUACCAGCGUGAACGGCACGGACCACCCCAUCCAGCAUCAUCCUCACCAGCAGCAGCACCACCACCUUCUCCAGCACCAGCAGCAUCAGCUUCAUCAUCAACAGCAGCAGCAGCAGCAGCAGCCCGGAUCGCUUCUCUCCAGCGUGAUGAUCAAGGAAGAGAAGGAUCCCGACAGCCCUUUCAUCCACAUCCGCACUCCCGGUGUGGUCAAACAGGAGAAGCAGGACAACGGUGGGUUCUGCCAGGCGCAGUGUCUCCAGGGCAGCAUGAGCUCUGUACACGGAGGAGGUCCCAUGUCCUCACCCAUAGGCUACCACUACAGAGCCAACCCGUCCUCCACAGUGGGCAUACAAGACCAGAAGCCUUUUGGCAUGUACUCAGGCCUGCCUCUCGGGGAGAGCUGGGCCAGGGGGAGCAGAUAUGGAGAGCCGUCCGGGAUACAGAGGGGUGAUGACGGGCUCCCUUCCGCUGCAGCCUUGGCGACUUUCUCACACAGCUUCUCCAGCUCGUCACCCAGAGCGGGAGAGGCCAGCAGUUCUGCGGUGCCGGGCCAGUCCAAGCCGAGCGGGCAGACGCACAAGAUCUGUUUGGUGUGUUCGGACGAGGCCUCGGGGUGCCACUACGGCGUCGUCACCUGCGGCAGCUGCAAGGUGUUCUUUAAGAGGGCUGUUGAAGGAUGGAGAGCACGACAAAACACAGAUGGCCAGCACAACUACCUGUGCGCAGGCAGAAACGACUGCAUCAUCGAUAAGAUCCGAAGGAAGAACUGUCCAGCCUGCCGCUUCAGGAAAUGUCUUCAAGCCGGAAUGAACUUGGAAGCGAGGAAAAACAAGAAGCUGAUCAAGAUGAAGGUGCAGCAGCGUCCUGGACCAUCAGAGCCCAUCAACAACAUGCCUGUUCCAGUCAUCCCCAGGUGCAUGCCCCAACUUGUGCCCACCAUGCUGUCUGUGCUCAAGGCCAUCGAGCCAGAGAUCAUCUACUCGGGCUACGACAGCACGCUGCCCGACACCUCCUCGCGGCUCAUGACCACUCUCAACAGGCUGGGGGGGCAGCAGGUCAUCUCUGCAGUAAAGUGGGCCAAGUCACUGCCAGGCUUCCGUAACCUGCACCUCGAUGACCAGAUGACAUUGCUGCAGUGCUCUUGGCUCUUCCUCAUGUCCUUCAGUCUGGGCUGGCGGUCGUACGAGCAGUGUAACGGCAGCAUGCUCUGCUUCGCCCCCGACCUCGUCAUCAACAAAGAGCGGAUGAAGUUGCCGUUCAUGACUGACCAGUGCGAGCAGAUGCUGAAGAUCUGUAACGAGUUCGUCAGACUGCAGGUGUCACACGACGAGUACCUGUGCAUGAAGGUCCUGUUGCUGCUCAGUACAGUGCCGAAGGAUGGCCUGAAGAGCCAGGCGGUGUUUGACGAGAUCAGGAUGACGUACAUCAAGGAGCUGGGAAAAGCCAUCGUCAAGAGAGAGGAGAACGCUAGUCAGAACUGGCAGCGCUUCUAUCAGCUAACGAAGCUACUGGACUCAAUGCAGGAGAUGGUCGAGGGUCUUCUCCAGAUCUGUUUCUACACCUUUGUGAAUAAAACCCUCAGUGUGGAGUUCCCGGAGAUGCUGGCGGAGAUCAUCACCAACCAGAUACCAAAAUUCAAAGACGGGAGUGUCAAGCCUCUGCUGUUUCAUCAGAAGUGACUGCCUUAAACUGUGAAGCAAUGCCUUAAAUUCUGCCCUCCCCGCGUACCUCUCCUGGGCCCCAUGCUUUCGGCCCGAGCCCUAAGCCUUCGCUUGUCCUGGCGCCCCCAUCAUCGCUCUUGAUUCGAUUCCUCGGUUUUUCCAGGUCCCCUCUAGGAUUUCUGCCAAUCCCCUCCAGGCCUCAGCCAUUCGGCCUAAUCUCGGAGCACAAAACCUGUGGCCUCACGCCUCCUAAUCCCAUCCCGGGUUUGGUACGGGAGGACAUCCACCCACCGACCUGUAGCCCUUCCUGUUGGCUAACCAAGAGGAAUUUGUCCUCCGGGGGGGAUUUGUUGGCUCUGAAUGUCUCGUGGGCAGGAUGUGUUUUGGGCAGUGUGUUUUUUUUCUCCAGCCUCCUCGUCCCCUCCUCCGUCCACGGCCCUGUCCUCAGGUUUCUGACGCUGUUUAUUUGGCGGCCGCCUGCCUCUUAAGCUCUACUGCCUCCAUUGAUUUAUCGCAGUUUUCAAUGACAAGCCAACACCUAGAAACACCUUUUCCUCUCUCGACUUGAGACACUGCUCACCCCAAGCUCAGGCCUUCUGUUGCUCUGCUCACCUGCCCAGCUUGUCUCCGGCUGCCCUCCCCAGCUCCACUGCGCAGAGAAUGUAGUGAAUGUUCACUUGUUGUGGUUUCCCGAGGACUGUCGGCGACGAAGGGGAUAAACUUAAACAUGGAAAAAUUAGAAACAUGCUCCGUCAUGAGAGGAUCCUUUAUUCUUCUGGACCCGAGGACGUGGAGGACGAACUGUUUUCAGCUGUGAAUCGGUUAUCUUUUAUGAAAUUAUAUGAAUCAGAUUUAUAUAUCCCACUGAUGGAAAAAGAAAAGACGGCUAGAGGAAUAUUGGUUUACUUUUCGCAGUCAUGCAUCUCACAUGCUUACACACAGGAACACAGACAAACACAAAGUAUAAGCAGACACACACUCACUCAGCAAAAUGUUUACACAUGAUGUAUCUGAGAAGGGAAACACAGUGCCUUUUAGCUUUUAAAGCUCGUCAUAGCCAUCCUCUCUGAGAAUCUAACCUUGACAUCCUUCCACAUAUUCUUUCUCUUUUAGUUUUUCCACGCUGGCAAUUUGUGUUUUCUUUCCAAGCCACCACUUUGUUGUUUUAAAUGUGGGCAGCUCUGUUCUGGUCCCCGGACACAAACGUUAGGACGACAGCCGAUGGUACAGAUUUGAAAAAAGCAGAGCGGUGUGAAAUAUUAACAUCUGCAAGUCACAUGGGAAAAGUAUAAAAUAUGUUAAAGGCCCAAAACACAUUUCAUGUGUGUCUCUGUAAAGUAUAUUUGAUAAAUAUAAAUAUGGAGCAUCUCCCAGUCGAGUUCCAGUACCCAGAUUAUAUUACAAAUAUAAUGUUGAAUACAUCCAAAUACUUUCUUUUGACAAGCUUGUGAUACACUUGGUGCUUAAAGGAUGCUACUGGAAUUUUAACAAGGCAUAUCUAAUAUUUUGUAAUAUUAAGGAGCAGAUUUUGAAUAAUCACAGUUGCUCAUUGGAAUUAAAUUUGUUUACAACCCGUCAGUGUAUUCAGACGCAAUGAUGAUCAACCAAACCCGGCUGCAAGUCCGUCCGCUCACUGCCAGCCGCGCUCACGCUGACGCUGACGUUCUGAUCACAGCUUUAUUAGCUCCACUCAGAGAGACUCACCUGGACACACCUGCCUGCUCCCACAGCAGAAACCAUGAGUGACACAAAUCCUCAUGUGUGUUGCAGCCCAGUGGUUUUAAAUGAGACCGCCAACCCUGAUUUAAAAACAUUUUGUCCCUCAUCUGAUUAGAAUUCUGCUUUUUAGAUGAUUUAUUACAGAACUUUACAGAUUGAUCAUACAUCCUGUCGAAGUGUUGCGUAUGAAUAUGAGAUGAAUCAAGAAUCUCUGUUGUAACUUAACAGACUAGACUGGCUGAUGGAUGAGGAACACAGCAGGUGCUACGCAAUUAUCAAACCUCUGUUGGUCUGAAUUUAUUUUCCAGACAACAUGACAUCACCUCACCCUGCAGUACUACUCACAGGUGGACAGAGAACACAUUAUUUAUUAACAAGUAUUGACUCAAUACAAUUUUAGAUGAAAUAUGCCCUUUAAUCAACUUCAUCUCAAAGCGUUGCACAAGCAGGACGUGAGGCUUUAUAUCAAAUUGUUAUGCUCGAUUCUACUGAAGAGGUAAAUUAAUAUAUUUACGUAUUUCUAUUGUACAUGAUGUUAAAGAAGAGAAAAAAAAACAGACGCCCAUAAUCAGUCAGCACAGGCCUUCAUCUCUACAGCAGAACUAUUUUUGGAAGAUGCAGUUUGGUCCAAAUAUUUAUUCAACUGAAGCUCAGGCUGAGUGAUUCCACCACUCGGAUGUGUUCCACUAGUGCCAAAUGUAAUAACAGGUUUUUUUAUAUGUCUUUUGCUGGGAGAUGUGAGUGAGUGAUGCUCCAGUUGGUAUUCGACAUUAUGUGGUUUUUGUAACUUUGCUUGGGGCUUUUCUGUGGAAGAUCUCAGUUCAGUGUCACACCUACACCAGCUUAAACAUACUGAUUGUUAUCAUUCGAGUGAGUUUAGAUGAUAGAUGACACUUUUUUUUUUUUUUUUUUUUUGGAGAUGCACAAAAUAUUGUAUUUUUGAAAUUGCAACUGAAGCAGCUCUGUGUACUGCGCUCAGACAGGCGGCGGUCAGAGAUUUGGUACACUUGUAAUGUGAACACGUUUGUACCAGUUUAUGCGAUGGCCAAAGUGAAAUACACCAACUGCGUGGCUGUACAUAAACACCCAACACGCCCCCCUCACCGCAGACGCAGCUCUGUUCCCCCUCAGCGUUUCUUCUCACUGCCUGAAACAUCCACUGUACAGAUUUUCAGCUGUUUGACUCUGAUCGGUACUCAUCCCUCCGCUGCAGCACAUAAACUCUGAAUGGCAGUUGACAGACCAGGUAGCAGGUUGUCAUGGCGAUGAGUCAUCUGUACGGCCUACAGCGAGCAGCGCAGCAGGCUGUGGACGCGAACACGCCACUAUUCAAUAAGAGCCAUGACGUCUGUAAUCAGCCUUCCUGCUAAAGGACGGUCGCUGGCAGCAGGCUCGUCUCUCGUGCAGUGCCGGCGCUUCAGCCUCGCCCGCUCGCUCGCUGUCGUGGCCCCGUGAUGUAAAGAACGCAGGCUUUACGCCGCUCACGUCACGGGGAAGAUUUGACUUUAACUGUCUAUUUGUUUGGGUAACUUUUGCAUACAGUAUUACAGUUGUUUCCAGGUGGUGGUGCUUCAGAAAACCAGCUUUAAUGUGUAGAUGUUAACCAUAUCCCUGCUCAUUUCUAAAUGGCCAUAGGUGUACAUAGCAGCGCCGACAUAUCCAGUGCGAUGUAAACAGUGUCUAUUAUUACAAAAUAUUUUUACAUGGACAUAACCUCUAUACUCCUAUACGUUUUUCCUCUUACCUUUCAACUACAUGUUUGACUAAAGGCCUUGCGAAAGGGAGACUGAGAGCCAUAGAAAUAAGAUUUCAAAUCAGGAAAUAGAUAAACCCUUAACAAAUAUCAAUGCUUUUGGAGAAUGAUCUGUUGUAAAGAGAAAAAAAAAAAAAGAUAAUAUUUUCUGCGAUUUUGAAUACAUCAGCUUGAUCCUCUUUGAUAUGAAUCAUUUUACCCGAUCCUUUUUGUACAUUGAACGAGUCGAGAAAGUAAAUAUUUUUCUGUUUGUUGGUUUGUGUUUGAUAAAGGUAGACGUGUUGAAUACAUUAGGAAGUGUUAAACAUGUUUGUCUUGUGAAGUAAAUGUAAAUUCUACGAGUCAUGGGGAAGUCUACAUGGAUGCUCACUGUGUUUUAAAAGUUAUAAGGAAUCGAGGGAGGGAAGGAGACAGACGGGAGGUAUCUGAGUUAUAUAAGAGUGACCAAAGCAGAGGAGUUUAAAAAAUAAUAAUAAAAAGAUUUUAACAAACAGAAGUAUUCAAGCAGUUACAUUUUAAGUAGCACUUAUUAUUCAACUUCUAGUACUUCUUAUUUUAUUUGAAAGGUAUCUUUUUGUAAAGGUCCAGGCUUUGGAUCGUGUACAUUGCUGUGAGGAUUUACUGGUCACCUUAAAAUAGAAAAUUAAACAAAACAAACAAAAAAAAAGUUGAAUCUCGAGUGAACGUAAACCCACCAGAGCCUGACGGAAUUGCACUACCCUCAUACUGGUUGAUAAAAGUCUAUUUUGUAUAAAAUACAUGCAAAUAUUAUCUUUAAAGAUUAAGGGCAGAUCAUGUUUCACUGGUACAUAUGGCUAUGGCUUUCAUUGAAGUCUGUUUUGUUCGUAUUUCAGUUAUGUAAAUGUAAUCCAAUGUAAAAAAAAAACAACAAAAAAACAACAAAACAAAGUAUAAAAUGUUUGUUUAAAAAAAAAACAAUAGUUUGUUUUACUUCUGUAUUACACCUCCUCUGUAGUCAGUGUCGAUAUUUUCACCUAUUUGAUUAAAUGUUGAAUUAAGUUAUCUGUGUUGUUCUUUGGCUUCGGGUCGGUGACGGCGCGGAGGAUGUUGCUGAUGUCAUCGCCGGUUCAAAGUGAAAAAAUUCAGAAGAACCGAUUUCUUUUUAGUUCAAACAUCUUACACAAUAAAGUUUCCUGUUUUUCAACGCUCA